UAUUUACUAUAGGGAUUUUGGCUUACACUCCUCACCAUUAUUGACAACUGUUGCUUGGUCGUUUGACAAACAGUCAAAAUGGCGGCCCAGUCUGUAUGGCUCGUGAUCGCAACUCUCUUCCAGCUUAUUUCACUUUCCAAGUCAAGUCUGUGUUACUAUGGUUACUCCUACUACUAUUCCUACUACAGUAAUUACUAUUACCGGUCGUACUACUGUGAUGGAGGCUGUUGUGGAUACUACUACAGUCGAUACUGCUGUGACAGUGCGAAUGUUGGGACUAUCGCUGGAGCUGUUAUUGGAGGUAUCAUCGUCGUUGCCGUCGUAGCCGUCAUUGUUAUCAUCUGUUGUAAACAAAAGAUGACAACGAGACGAACUGGUGUCGUCAUACCUCAGAAUAGAACAACCAUCACUACAGUUUCACAGCCGCCACCACCACCACAACCGCAGCCGUACAUGCAGCCCUACGGACAGCCUCCGCCUUACCAACAACCUGGAAUGGGAUAUCCUCCACCCCAACAGUACCCUCCCCCACCACAGCCUAUGGGCCAAAAUCCAGCUUACCCCCCUCCUCCACCCGCGUAUUAGAGAAACCUAUCUGAUGUAGAUCACAGAACCACGUGAUCGUCUGCACAGAGUGAUCUUCUACAAAUGUUGAUAUCAAUGUCUCUCUGUGGUAGACAUGGAACUUGAAUUUUUCCCUCCCAAACACGUUGAUUGAAUUCGAUGGAAUUGUACAAUACUGUACUGUGCUUAUUUUAGCGCAUAACCAAAUUUCACCAUUAGCGUAGUGAUGAGAUGAAUUAGCGCAACCGAAAUACCAUAGAGAACAAUAUAAAGAAAUUAUACAAUCACCGCUACAGUUUGUACAUUUACAGUUUAUAUGCUUUCCAAGUUGUUGUCGUUGUUGAAUGGACUGUGGGAUGUUUACAUUCCAUAAAAUUCCUCCGUUCUGACAUUUGCUGUUUAGAAAAAGUGCUAUAAUUAGAUGUGAUUAUUGUCUUUCACUAUUGCAUAAUAUAAUGUUUUGUUAUUUGUGUCUGAACAAAGAGGAAGACUGCCUUCACAAGUUGACAAACGACUUAUGAAAUUAAAAAUUUCUUGUUUAAAAAAUAGUGUUUUUUCUAAGGUGAUCAUUUUUAAUAAUGUGCUGUCGAAAUUACUGUACGUUUUAUUCGUUGGGGAAGUAAGAAUCUUCUUUAAAACAUGUUACAGCUGACCCUGGUUUCAUCAACAUCACUUAAUGUAGUAAAGCAUUGGUAUUAUGGGGGAUCUUAGUUAACGGCCCUUCCUUAAAUUAUGUAAUGUUAUGUUAAUACAUGUCUUUAAAAGUAUUACUGAUGAAGCUGGACAAUGGCCAUACACAGGCACUUAGUGAAACAAUGUAGUUUUCUCUAAUGAAAAAUACAAAGAAAUCUUGUCAGUAUCCUAGCGUUAAUUUUUCAUAGGGAGAAUAAAUUUCCACCUAAUGAAUAACUUAGAGUCAUAAUGAAAUUAAACUUUGACAAUUUGUCACUUGAAUUAUAAAUUUAAUAUAGGUACAAAAAAACUGGGGUAUUUCCCACUAAUUAAGCAUUUGAAUUGUAACUAUAUUUGCUCUGAAGACGUUAAUGAAAAAGAGUAUGUAAAAAACUUGGUGUACCAUGCAUAUUUAUUUACAUGUUGUAUCUUCAAUUAAUUCAGUAUAACUGAAUAGUCAUAUUAUGUUCAUGCAUUGCCCGAUUGUAACCAAUAGAUAAGGGAAUGUAAUGAAAAUAUCUACUGAUUUUAAUGUCGUUUAUAACGGUAUGUAUAAACAAAACAGUUUAUUAUGGACAGAUAAUAAUCAAAAUGUUUUGAUUUUUGACAAAUAUGAUAUCUUUUAGUAUCAAUUUAUAUCAGAUAUUUUAUCUAUUGCUUAUCUUAUCAAACACAUUGUUACAGCCAUUUUGGUGACUUAUUAUGUCGAUAAUUUUUCGUUCUGAUAAACAGAAAUAUAACCAUCAUAUACUAUGGUUCCUUAAAUCUAUAAUCGAUUAUUUCGUGUUACUUGGUUUCAUUUAUUCUCAACAAACAAUCAAUCAACAAAAAUGCUCUUACACAUAUAUCAUUCCGAUCAUUUUGGAAAAAUGUCUACACUAUUGUUUACAUGUAUGUUUGCUGAGAUAUAAUUGUGUUAUUAUCUCCCUAAUAUCGCCGUAUGCUAAAUAUUUAUACAUUUAUUCAAUCUUUGUCGAAAUUUUGCGUUUCUAAUUUUAAAGAAUUCAUAGCAAGUAAAUAAGCAUAUGGUUUUCCGAGUAGCUAAUUAUCCCUGUGACAGCCAAACCAAAGAAAACACGCUAAUAUUAAAGUUUGUGAUUGAAAUAAAUCAAAAUAAUGAUUCAACGAUUUUCUGUUUCUUCAUGGAGACAAAUGUGAGAAUAAACAUUUUUCAAAGUGUA